GAGCUAUGACGACUGAUGCCUUCAGGGAUGUACCUGUCUGAUCUGACGUACAUAGACUCAGCCUACCCCUCCACGGGCAGCAUACUGGAGAACGAACAGAGAUCAAACCUGAUGAACAACAUUCUCAGAAUCAUAUCGGACCUGCAGAGAUCCUGCACCUACGAUAUACCAGUGUUGCCUCAUGUACAGAAGUAUCUCAACUCAGUCAGGUAUAUUGAGGAGCUGCAGAAGUUUGUGGAGGACGACAAUUACAAGUUGUCACAGAAGAUUGAGCCAGGCACCAGCACACCACGAGCAAACGCCUCCAAAGAGGAUCUUGUCGGCCAGGAAGCGUCAGCAUCUCCUCUCUGUGGCCGUAAAUGUACGGUAGCAGCUGAAGGAGCCAAAGUCCCGGCCACGCCGCCCUCCCCCAGGAACCUGCUGCCGUACGGACACAGGAAGUGCCACAGCCUGGGUUACAAUUUCAUCCAUAAGAUGAACACAGUAGAGUUUAAAAGUGCGACGUUCCCCAACGCCGGUUCUCGCCACCUGUUGGACGACAGUGUGAUGGAGAGCCACAGUCCCACCAGGGGCCAAGCCGAGAGCUCGACUCUGUCCAGCGGUAUUUCACUUGGGAGCAGCGAGGGCUCUGAGCUCAGUGAAGAGGUGUCUUGGCCAGCGUUUGAGAGGACUCGGUUCUAUCACUCUCUGGGCCCAGUGACCCGUGUGGCCCGCAUCCCCUACAGAGGAGUCCUGAGGCCCAGCAGCUCUGCCGAGUCAGAGGAGCUUGCAGUUCACUUGUAUCCCGGAGCAGUCACAGUGCAGGGGGUGCUGAGGCGGAAGACUGUGCUCAAGGAGGGCAAGAAACCAACCGUGGCGUCAUGGACCAAAUACUGGGUCGCUCUUUGCGGAGCCCAGCUCUACUACUACCCUGCCAAGUCCCUGAAGGCCACUGAGAGAAAACAUUUCAAGUCGACCUCCAGUAAGAGCGUGUGUGUGGUGGGUCUAAUGGCCAUGAUGGCUGACGAUCCUGAGCAUCCUGAUGUCUUCUUGCUGACAGACUCCGAGCACGGUAACACCUACAAGUACCAGGCAGGGAACAGAAUGAACGCUUUGCUGUGGUUCAAACAUCUGAGUGCUGCCUGUCAGAGCAAUAGGCAACAGGUGCCAGCCAAUCUGAUGUCAUUCGAGUGACCUGAUGCUGAGGAGUGUGAUUGAGCAAAGGAGAGAGGGAUGAGGACACAGACGAGGAGGAUGAGGAGGAGUUGUGACUCAGUAGUGGGAGCUUUCACUGCCAUGAGCCCUGACCGCUGAUUCUCCGAUUCUAGCCCCUGGCCUCACUGCAGCCUCACCUGCCACCACUGCCUUAACCAGUACCCAGAGAGAGAGAGAGAGAGAGAGUGUGUGUGUGUGUGUUGCGUGUGUGUGCUUGCAUAUGUCAGAGAAAAAUGUGUGUGUGUGGUUAAAAGUGGAUGUCGGAUGUACUGACUACUGAAUUAAGGACCUGCACCACUGCGCUCGUCUCCCAUUUGCUCUGUGUCUUUUUUUUUUUUUACCUUUCAACACUUCAGUGGAUCCAUGCGACCUCUCCUUUCCUCUCUCGCAGGCAGACUGUCCUUUGGAUGGACAGUAAUAACCCUCUCCUUCUUCUUCUUCUUUAAAGGGGUUAACUAUUUUUAUUUGUGUCCCCCGCAAUGCUUGAAUGCAAGAUUCCCACCUUUUAAAUCGGCUGGACACACAAUCACAACACACACACACACACACUCACAUCUGACUUACCCACUGGACUUUGGAGGGUUUGAAGAACACUUUAUUUUUUUUUAUUUUUUUUUUCUUUUACUUACUCACUCUUUCAGUUGUUGGUCUCUUCAUUCACUUGAGUUGGCUUGGAGUCACAGGAUUAUUUACAUGAAACACACACACACACACACACACACACACACACACACACACACACACACACACACACACACACACACACAGGCCUAUUUGAUAACAUUGUCAUAAACGUUAAGGGCUCUGAUUCGCAAUCAAUUCCAGCAGGAACAAUUCACACACUUCCUGAAUGUGUCUAGUUUUUAUUACAGAACUAAGCCAGCCCUAUUGUGGAUCGGGAGGGGCGGGGGAGUGGGAGGGUGAAUGUUUGCUUAAAUGAUAGGAAUCUUGUCUGUGUUCCACAUAGGUACGAUAAUCCCAGAAUCUUAAGCUAAGACGUGUUCACGGAUGGCUAGACGAGAGUUACUCCUUUUUACAAGCCUGUAUUUUUGCGUUCUCCAGUGUUGUGUCCGCUCUCUGUCGGCUGCCGUCAGCUCAGAAAAAUGACGCUUGGUUCACCAGACUCACAAACAUACUAAACACUAAAGACAUGAAACUGUGAAAGAGUCCGAGAGAGAGAGCAGCAAGAACUCAUAACGCAGGAUUCGAUCUCCUCUCUUCUUGUUGCUUAAUAUGGUUAGAGCCUCUGGUGUGGAGCAGACAUUCAAAGCUACCUGGAGCCAUACAGAGUCUAUUUUAAAUCUUAUUUGUUGAUAUUGUUGUUUUGUAUUGUUAGUUGUUUUAUUUUUGUCCUUUUUGAGGGGGAGGGGGGGGGGGGGAUGGUGCAGUUCACAGUAUUACCAUGUAGUAGAUGAUUGCACGUCAUUGUAGCUUUGUCUGUUACAUUUGAAUGUUAGCAUUUUUGUGGUUUUUGUUUUUCUCUCUUGUUUUGGAGCAGUUAUUUUGAAUAUAUUAUGCACAUGUGAAUUUUAUUUUAUUUUUUCUAUUUAUUUUUAUUUUAUUUUUUAUGCCCCUUAUUCUGUUAACCAGGACUCAGCUCAAUUUUAGGCCCUAACCGUAUUACAUCUGAUUUGAAAUAGCACAAGCCCCUAGGUUAUAAUUAGUGCCAAGUGCUGUAACAUCACCGUUUUUGUCUUCAGAUUGAAGAGACGUUAGGAAGCUGCAGCGGAAUCAGAUGCACUGGCAUGUUUAAGAGCGCCACAAAUAGACUAUUGCUAUGUGUUUGUUUUUUUGGCUGGGAGCAAAUUGCAUCCAAAUGAACAAACCUGAUCAGGACGAAUGAGAUGACAAUGCUUUUCGCUCAGUUAUAUUCAUUAAAUUCUAAUCCACCUUCUUAGAACAUCUGUUUACAUUGUAUGUUUACACAAUCUUUUGCCUAAAGCCGCAAUCACUUUAAUGCUCCUACUCUUUAAACCUUAGGAAAUGUGUUACAGUGUUUGGAAACUAAUGUCCAGGCCAUCAAUAGGGUAUAUUAAUAAGCUCAGAGUUAGGAUGGAGAGGUGAACACAUCUGUGCUCGCAGCACCUUCUAAUGUGCUUCAGUGAGCCCCUUUCUCCGUGCCACUAUCCAGUCGAUAGAGGUGUUAAAACUGUCCUCAACACAAUAUACAGGUCAGGCGAACAACAGCAAACUGAGAUUUAGUGCCCAUAUAGAGAAGUUCAGUCCUUUUUGUAUAUUAACUAAAGGAGAGAUGGUAGCAGAUGAGCCUGUGGAAGAAUGAAUGAGGAUGCCAAAGACGGGCGUAUGUAAUUCUGCAGUUACUGUAAGUGUGUGAGUGCAUUUGUUAGCCUGUGCGUACUUCUCUACUUUUUUCUUUUUUAAAAACAUAGUAAUUCGAGCCAGUCCCUCGAGGCUGCCAUCACUGCUGGGGACAAAGAGGAUCUGUGAAUGAAAUAAGUGGACUGGUGAGGCAGAGUUUGGGGGGAUAUAGAGACCCUUUUACCUGUGUCUAUCGACAUAUGGUGGUCGGUCUUCACUUAAAUAUUCAGACGAGCUGAAUCUGCCGUCACUUCAAAUAUACCGACAAGUUGCUGCAGUUACACAAGAAUUGAUGCUGUCUCAAAAACUCAGAAGAAAAGGCUGUAAACAGAAGUAGCUGAGAUGUAAAUAACACGAAGCAGACAGACAGCAUCCCCAUCACAUUUCUCUUCUAUCUAUUUAUCUGACGUUAAUUGAGAACCAAGAAAGUCAAAUUAACCAUUUGGGGGGAUUCCUGAGUUACAGUUUUAUAUCUAAGUAGUCUGGGGGGGUUGUUUAAAUCAAUUUGGGUUUAACAAUUGUUCCCAGAUCAUGCUGAGUUUUUCCACACUGUAAUCUGAGUUUACAAGAUUUUCAUUUUUAUCGUUUCUGUACAGUGUAUGGUCAAUACCGGAAACACAUGUUUCAGUUGGGGAUGUAUUGUGGGAUUUUGUCGACUCGUUUCUUGAAUUUCAAGGCCAAUCACUAGUAACAUAAUGACCCCAUGAACAUCUCUUUUGGGAUGAGAGUGGAAAAUUCAAAUGGCAGGCGCUCCUCAUUUAAGAUGAUUUUUGGUUAUUACAAAGAAACUUGAUGCCGUGCUUGAAAAUUCCCCCUUCCUGUGGUGAGAGAUCAUGUUGUUUCCUUUAAAUUGCUCAUACUGUCUACAAAUGCACACUUUUACCCUGUAUCAACUGUUUUGUGUGGAUCUUUCUUUUGAAUUAAUUCUUUUUAGUGGUCAUGACAGUCGAGACGAAGGAUUUCUACGAGAAAAAGUGUUUCCGGUGUGGUUACACAAUGUGUUUGUCCUCCGAUUCAGUGGUGAAGUAGAAUCAAUGUGAAUCUGUGCCGCCUGUGCGCUGGACAGGCAUCACUCACUGUUUACCAAGGACAUCAACAAGCGUCGUUCAAGUUCGAGGAGGUGACGACGGUGAUGUAUAAAUGACCUUUGACCUUCACCUUUUACCUGGCUCUGUGUGUGUCUAACUUUGUCUGCCCGUGUCAUGACUGUGGCGAGCGCGGUGACCUCACUGCUGAGUGAUGCGCUGAUUGGUGUGAAAUAUGAGAACAAAUAAACACUCUGCCCUUUUUUACUCCACAAA